CAUUUAUAUGAAUCAAACCAUUAAUCUUCAUUUAUAUUUUAAUACUGUGUGUAUAUGUGUGUGUGUAUAUAUAUAUAUAUAUAUAUAGGACCACCUCUGUUACAACCAAGUUUCCCUGCUCCACCACCUGCAUAGAUCCAGCACAACUAUGGCCUCCACCACAGCCGCUGCCGCCGCAUCACAUUUCUUCGGGACCCGAAUCCUAAACCCAAAACCAGGCGUAGGAAAAAUCCAAGCUCGAUUUGGAUUUCCUGGAUUUGGAACCAAAAAAUCACCUCCUCCGCCACCAAAGAAAGCUCCGGUGAUCAAGAACGAUGAAGAUCGACUAGUAUGGUUUCCUGGUGCAACCCCACCGGAAUGGCUCGAUGGAACUAUGGUCGGAGACCGUGGGUUUGACCCAUUUGGGCUCGGUAAACCUGUAGAGUACUUGCAGUUUGAACUUGACUCCUUGGACCAGAAUUUAGCAAAGAAUGAGGCUGGUGAUGUUAUUGGUGUCCGAAUUGACCCUGGAGAGGUUAAAUCGACGCCGUUUCAACCUUACUCAGAGGUUUUUGGGUUGCAGAGAUUUAGAGAAUGUGAAGUUAUUCAUGGAAGAUGGGCAAUGUUGGGUACCCUUGGAGCCAUUGCUGUUGAAGCUCUUACUGGCGUUGCAUGGCAAGAUGCAGGAAAGGUAGAGUUAGUUGAGGGGUCAUCAUACCUAGGGCAACCACUUCCUUUCAACUUGACAACAUUGAUAUGGAUAGAGGUGUUAGUGAUUGGAUACAUUGAGUUCCAGAGAAAUGCAGAGCUUGACCCAGAGAAAAGGUUAUAUCCAGGUGGCUAUUUUGAUCCUCUUGGCUUAGCUUCUGAUCCUGAAAAGAAAGAAAACCUUCAGUUAGCUGAGAUUAAGCAUUCCAGGCUAGCUAUGGUGGCCUUCCUUAUUUUUGGUCUUCAAGCUGCUUUUACUGGGAAAGGACCCAUUGCCUUUCUUGCUACCUUCAAUCAGUGAUUAAUUUCUUAAUCACCCUCUUAAUUUCUGAAUUGUGGUAAUUAUGUCUAAUUAAUGUGUAUCUAUUGCCCAUGUUGGUGCUGGAUUCAUUUAUUUGUGUUUUAAUGUUUUUUCUACAUGGACAUAGAAAUUGAUUACUUGCUAAUUUUCUUGAAAUAAUGAUCGUAAAUUUUAUA